CUCUACGAAGCAGCACGAGAGAAGGGACCUCAACACUGAGAAUAAAACGUUAGUUUCUGAUCAGUUAGUUAAUAAGAAUACUUAAAAAAGUAUUUAUCACACCAAUUUAUAUCUGACGUUUGUGGUUUUAGACAUUAAAAUGUAAACAGUAUUCGUGUAGUUGUCAUACAUUGUUAAAUAACAAAAACGUGGAGGACACCACCACCAGCUUUUAACUGACGAAAGCUGACUACAAAGAUCUGCAAAUGGCAGACCCAGAGACACCCCGGUCAGACAAGUCCUCAGGCAAGUCCAAGAGCUCCAGCUCGAAAGUAAGCAAAAUGGGCAACGACCAGAGCACCACCCAAGCUUCUGGGGACACCCAGCCUGAAGACCUGAAAACACAGCCUGGAGAGGAGAGCCAAGAGGGAAUCAGCCUUGGAACGCCUGUGACCAAUGAAGAAGUGGAUACGUAUACCAUAGGCCUGAGGGCGCUGUUUAAAAACCGCGUGGCUCUGACGGGCAUAUCUGAGCUGACGUGGUCAGAAGACAAUGAGAAGACCCUGGAUAGGUUCGUCCUGGACAGCUCCAUCAGGACUCUGGUGGUCUACUCAGACCCUUACGCUGGCCUCCGGGUGGAGUACGCCAUAUCAUCUCAGGUGGUGGACCAGCUGGCUUUCUUCAUCCGCACAGAGGGCAGUCUGAUCCAUGAGGAGACAUUUGAGAGUGCAGUGCAGUUUGGCACAGUCCGGGGCAAUGCCACCGAGAGCCUGCUGAGGAUGAUGAAUGGCGUGCACGCCCCUCAGGUCACCCUCAGCACCGCCUGGCCCGAGAGCAUCAGGAACAACUACUCCACCCACAUGCAUCGCUUCCUCACCACCCUUACAGACACUAGGUUCAAGCUGGUGGGCAACACAGUACUCUACAUUCCAAUGGAGGCCCUGCAGCACAGCCCGGAGGUGGCCAGCAAGGACAAGGGACUGGUGCAGAGACUGGAGAUGGUGAUAAUCCACUGGACGCGUCAGAUCAAGGAGGUGCUGAAUGCCCAGGAGACUGUGGAGACAGGGGACAGCGCUGGCCCCCUGGAGGAGAUCUCUUUCUGGAGGAGUCGCUGUGCCGACCUGUCAGGGAUCAGCCAGCAGCUGCAGAAGCCUGGGGUCUGCCACAUUCAGGACAUCUUGCAGCUCUCCAAGUCCUCCUACGUUUCUCCCUUCUGCAAGCUGGCUAAGCAGAUCCAGGAUGGUUCUGACCAAGCCCAGUCCAACCUGUCCUUCUUGUCUCUGCUGAGGGAGCCCUGUGAGGAGAUGGCCCAGCUCAAGCCCAGCGAGGUGGCCCCAAAGCUGGCCCUCAUCUUGAACCUUAUCCGCAUCAUCUGGGUCAACUCUGUCUACUACAACACACGAGAGAGGCUCACUGCGCUCUUCAGAAAGGUGUGUGACUGCCAGCAGCAGUUUGCACGGUGGGAAGAAGGCGAGCAGAUGCCCCUGCCCUGCUUCGCCGGGCGCCAGGGGGCAGAGGUGGCUCGCAGCCUGCUGGAGAUGGAGGCCACGUUUGGACGCAGCCUGCAGAUCCUCCAGAACGUCCGCAAGGGCAUCCUGGACGUCAAGAACACCGCCUGGCACGACGACUACAACAGGUUCCGUGCGGGUGUAAAGGAUCUGGAGGUGAUGAUGCAGAACCUGAUCAGCACAGCGUUCGAGACAGUCAACACCGUGGAGCAGGGCGUUCAGCUGCUAGACGUUUUCCAGCACUUGUCUGCGCGUGAGGCGAUAAAGAGGACCAUAGACAGGAAAACGGUGGACGUCUACGGUCUCUUCAAUAAAGAAUUGAACCUGGUCAACAAGGAGCUGAGCAGAAGGGUGUUCCACAAGUCCCCGCACAUGCCGGUCCACGCCGGGCAGGCCCACUGGGCUAGGGCCCUGCGCCGACGCAUCGAGAGGCCCAUGGAGGUGGUACAAUGUGCCCAUUUCAUGCCCCAGACUGGCAGCGGAGAGGAGGUGCGUGUGGCUUACGGACAGCUGUUCCAGACCCUUGACGAGUUGGUCCGGAAGAUGUUCUCUGAAUGGAGCCAGUCUCUGGACAGACAGAGUCUAAAGAGUCUGGACCAGCCCCUCUUGGUGCGCUGCAGGGAGAAACAGGGCAUGCUGGAUAUCAACUUCGACAGGAACCUGCUGAAGAUGUUCAAUGAGAUCCAUUACUGGGAGCGCCUGCGGUUUGAGAUCCCCCACUACGUAUCUGAUGUCUACCAGAGGAGAGAGGAGCUGCGCCACAUGAGGGAGAGUGUGCUACUGGUGGUACGAGACUACAACAGGAUAAUUGCGGCGCUGUCUGAAGACGAGCUGGGUCUGUUCCGGGAGCACAUCCGUUUCCUGGACAAGAAGAUUCAACCUGGCCUGUCCAAGCUGCUGUGGUCCUCUAAAGGAGCGUCCGGCUUGUUCAUAAGUGACUGCAGGCUGCACGCAAGCAAGAUCCAGCUCAUCGUGGAUGAUUACAAGGCAGCCAACCGGGCUGUGUCCCGGCUGUGUGGUGUGAUCAGUGGGCUGCUGCUGGUGCGUGUGGAUGGGAAGACGGUGUACAGGGACCUGGAGUUUGAAGGAGACCAGCGGAGUCACCAGCAGGCCCAGCUACAGAGGCUCCUCUCAGCCCACCAGGAAAUCGUGGCCAUCAUGUCCCGCAUCUAUGAGACCUUCCAGAACGACGGCCCAGAGGUCCAGCAGCACUGGAUGGUGUACACAGAGAAGAUGGAUGGCAUGGUGGAGGAGGCCCUGCGUCUCAACAUCAAGUGGUCCCUGCAGGAGCUGUCCAAGGCCAUCAACGGAGACAGCAAGACGUCCCCCAACCCUUUGUUCAGGGUACAGGUGGUGCUGCGUCAGGAGGCCCCAGGAGCUACAUCAAAGGUGGAGUUCUCCCCCACUCUCCAGAAGCUGGCUCAGAUGGUGAACAACAUCAGUUCUCAGCUGAUCAGCACUGUCUCUGUGUUCAGACGGCUCCCAGAUCUCCUCACACGCAGACACUCACAGAGGAAACCGGUACACUGCAUUAUAGAACAAGAUGAGGAGAUUGGUAAGAUCAAGUCAGCAAUAGUGGCAGGGAUGACAGCCAAUGCAGGCCACCUUCAGGCUUAUCUGAAGACCUGGGACAAACACCGGGAGAUCUGGGAGAUCAACAAGGACCCCUUUAUCAGGAGAUACCAGCGCCUCAACCCCCCCGUGUCCUCCUUCGAUGCCGAUAUCGGCAGGUACACCGAGGUGGCCAACAAUGUCCAGAAGGAGGAGACGGUGCUCAGCGUUCAGUUUGUCUCGCUGGACUGUGCUCCUCUGAAAUUCAGCCUGGUGCAGCACUGCAACGAGUGGCAGGGCAAGUUCACCCAGCUGCUCAGCCUUAUGGCCUGCACCAGGCUCAAAGAGCUGCACCUCUUCUUCCAGGACCACGCUCGCAGGCUGAGCCAGCCUCCUCAGACCCUGGUGGAGCUGGGAGACAGUCUGAAGCUCCUGGAGACUCUACAGGGAGACCUUACGAAGAUAGAGGGCCAGAUCCCUCCUAUCCAUGAACAGUUUGCUAUCCUGGAGAAGUAUGAGGUCAUGGUGGACCCGGCUGUUCUUGAGACGUUGGCGGCUCUGAAUGGGGAGUGGGUGUGGUUCCAGCAGGUGCUCAUAGACAGUGACAUCAUUCUGAAGAAGCACAAAGAAAAGUUUAAGUGCAGCCUUAUCUUCUCAGCCGAGGAGUUCAAGAAGAAAAUGCAGACCACAGUCCAGGAAUUCAACAGCUCAGGUCCGUUUGGAAGUGCUGUGUCGUGCGAGUCGGCCCUGGAGACAGUAGCAGCGCUGAGAGGCCAGCUGAACACGCUGAAGGAGGAAGAGGGAACCAUCCGCCACGGCCUGGGCGUCUUCAGGAUAGAACAGCCCUCCUCUAAAGACAUACAGACCCUGGAGAAGGACCUUGACUACCUGCAGCAGGUGUGGGAGAUCACCCAGCAGUGGGAUGGCCUGUGGGAGGACUGGAAGGCAGGUCGGUUGGUCAGCCUGCAGACAGUCAGCAUGGAGAACACCGCCCAGGCCAUGUUCAAGAAGCUGCACAAACUCAGCAGGGAGCUCAAGGACAAGCAGUGGGAAAUAGUGGAUUUCUCUAAGAACAGAAUUGACCAGUUCAAGAGAACCAUCCCUUUGAUCUCUGACCUGAGGAACCCAGCUAUGAGACCUAGGCACUGGAAGCAGAUCUGUCACGAGGUUCAUGGCUCUUUCGACCCGGCCAGUCCAGACUUCACCCUGGAGAAGAUAGUAGCCCUCGGACUGGACCAGCAUGCCGACAAGAUCUGCGAGAUAUCAGGAGCUGCCAGCAAAGAGCUCUCCAUAGAACAGGCGCUGGAGGGCAUCGCCAAGACUUGGGAGGAGACAUCCCUGGACAUCGCACCUUACAAAGACAAGGGUCACCACCGGCUGAGGAGUACGGAGGAGGUGUUCCAGGCCCUGGAGGACAACCAGGUGUCUCUGUCCACCAUGAAGGCGUCCAGGUUCGUCAGGGCCUUUGAGAAGGAGGUGGACCACUGGGAACGCUCCCUGUCCCUGGUCCUGGAGGUCAUAGAGAUGCUCCUCACCGUGCAGAGGCAGUGGAUGUACCUGGAGAACAUCUUCCUCGGGGAGGACAUCCGCAAGCAGCUGCCCAGAGAGUCCGCCCAGUUUGAUGGCAUCAACAGCAGCUGGAAGACCAUCAUGUACCGCCUGAACAAGGACAACAACGCCCUGCGGGGAACACACCACCCAGGCCUGCCAGAGAAGCUGUCAGAGAUGAACAACAAGCUGGAGGAAAUCCAGAAGUCUCUGGACAUGUACCUGGAGACCAAGCGCCAGAUCUUCCCUCGCUUCUACUUCCUGUCCAACGACGACCUGCUGGAGAUCCUGGGCUUGUCACGACACGCUGAGGCCGUUCAGCCCCACCUCAAGAAGUGCUUCGACAACAUCAAGAGCCUGCGCAUCGGAAAGGUUGGGGUCAGCAGCAAUAAGUCAGAGGCCAGCGGGAUGUUCUCAGAGGAUGGAGAGUUUGUGGACUUCACCCAUCCUGUGUUGCUGGAGGGGCCUGUGGAGGCCUGGCUGUGUGACGUGGAAAGAACCAUGCGCUGGACUCUGAAGGACUCUCUGAAGAACUGUCGUCUGGCCCUGAAGAAGAUGACAGGGAAGAGAGACAAAUGGGUCAAAGACUGGCCAGGACAGAUGCUGAUAACAGCCAGUCAGAUUCAGUGGACGGCUGACGUCACCAAGGCUCUGAUCACGGGCAAGGAGAGGGCCGACAAGUCUGCUCUUAAAUCCUUAAAGAAGAAGCAGGUGUCCAUCCUGCACCGAUACUCGGACGCCAUCCGGGGAAACCUGCCUAAGAUCAUGCGUCUGAAGAUCGUAGCGCUGGUCACCGUGGAGGUCCACAGCCGCGACGUUGUCGACAAGCUGGCCAAGUCGGGCUGCAAUGACGCCAACGCCUUCGACUGGCUCUGUCAGCUCCGCCUCUACUGGGAGAAGGAAGUGGAUGACUGCAUCAUCAAACAGACCAACACACACUUCCAGUACAGCUACGAGUACCUGGGUAACUCUGGACGGCUGGUGAUCACCCCGCUCACUGACAGGUGUUACAUGACUCUGACCACAGCCCUCCACCUCCAUCAGGGAGGCUCUCCCAAAGGUCCUGCCGGGACAGGCAAGACGGAGACGGUCAAGGACCUGGGCAAGGCCAUGGGCAUGUACGUCAUCGUGGUCAACUGCUCUGACGGGAUGGACUUCAAGUCCAUGGGACGCAUGUACUCCGGCCUGGCUCAGACGGGGGCGUGGGGCUGUUUUGACGAGUUUAACCGUAUCAACAUUGAGGUGUUGUCAGUGGUGGCCCAGCAGAUCCUGUCCAUCCUGUCCGCCCUGUCUGCUGGAGACACCAGCUUCAUCUUCGAAGGACGACAGAUCCGGCUUGUCUGGUCCUGUGGCAUCUUCAUCACCAUGAACCCCGGUUAUGCCGGUCGUACGGAGCUGCCUGACAACCUCAAGUCCAUGUUCAGGCCCAUCUCUAUGGUGGUGCCUGACUCCACCCUCAUCGCUGAGAUCACCCUGUUCGGAGAGGGCUUCAACAACUGCAAGGUCCUGGCUAAGAAGGUGUUCACUUUGUACUGUCUGGCACUGCAGCAGUUGUCCAAACAGGACCACUAUGACUUCGGCCUGCGUGCCCUCACCUCGCUGCUCCGCUACGCUGGCAUAAAGAGACGUGCCUACCCCGACGUGGCUGAUGAAGAGGUCCUGCUGAUGUCUAUGAAGGACAUGAACAUUGCCAAAUUGGCAUCUGUUGACGUGCCUCUAUUCAAUGGCAUCAUCCAGGACCUCUUCCCUGCUGUGGACACGCCCAUCAUCAGUUAUGGAAAGUUGAGAGAGACCAUCGAGUCAGAGCUCCGGCAGGCCGGUCUCCAGGUGACGCCAUUCACUGUAACCAAGGUCAUCCAGCUGUACGAGACCAAGAACUCCCGACACUCCACCAUGAUAGUGGGCAAGACCGGCAGUGGCAAGACGGUCACCUGGAAGACCCUGCAGAGCACCCUGACCACUAUGCAGCGCAAGGGGGAGCCUGGCUUCAACCUAGUCCGGGAGUGCCCCCUGAACCCCAAGGCGGUGAGCCUGGGUGAGCUGUACGGAGAAUACGAGCUGUCCACCAACGAGUGGACCGACGGGGUGCUGUCCUCCCUCGUGAGAUCCGCCUGCGCAGAUGAGAAGCCAGAUGAGAAAUGGAUUGUGUUUGAUGGUCCGGUGGACACUCUUUGGAUCGAGAGCAUGAACUCUGUCAUGGACGACAACAAGGUGCUCACACUCAUCAACGGAGAGAGAAUUUCCCUGCCAGAACAGGUGUCUCUGUUGUUUGAGUGUGAGGACCUGGCCCAGGCGUCCCCAGCCACGGUGUCUCGCUGUGGGAUGGUUUACAACGACUACUGUGACCUGGGCUGGAAGCCCUACGUCCAGUCCUGGAUGGACAAACGACAGAAGGUUGAAGUUGACUAUCUGAAGAGGCUCUUUGAUAAGUACACAGAGAUGACCAUUGCAUUUCGUAGGAGAAGCUGUAAGGAGCUGGUGGCCAUAACCGAACUCAACGGAGUCACCUCCCUCUGCCGUCUCUAUGACUCCCUGGCCACACCCGACAACGGGAUGACCCCCUCUGACCCAGACCAUUACGGUCGCAUGGUUGAGCUGUGGUUCAUCUUCAGUCUCAUCUGGUCCAUCUGUGCCUCGGUGGACGAGGACGGUCGUAAGAAGAUGGACAACUUCCUCCGAGAGAUGGAGGGCACCUUCCCCAACAAGGACACUAUCUAUGAGUACUAUGUAGACACAAAGAACAAGACGUGGGCCCCUUUUGAAGACAAGCUGCAAAAGGGCUGGCGCUACCCUGCCAAUGCUCCGUUCUAUAAGAUCAUGGUUCCCACAGUAGACACAGUGCGUUAUAACUUCCUGGUUCGGACCCUGGUGACGGGUCAGUACCCGGUGUUGAUGACCGGCCCGGUGGGCACAGGGAAGACCUCGGUGGCACAGAGCGUGCUGCAGUCUCUGGACCCAUCCAAGUGGGCUGUCCUCACCAUUAACAUGUCCUCACAGACCACGUCGGACAACGUUCAGUCUGUCAUCGAGAGUCGCGUGGAGAAGAGGACCAAGGGCGUGUACGUUCCCGCGGGGGGGAAGCGCAUGCUGGCCUUCCUGGACGACCUCAACAUGCCGGCCAACGAUCAGUUUGGCUCCCAGCCGCCCCUGGAGCUUCUCCGGCUGUGGGCGGACUACGGCUUCUGGUACGACCGGCAGAAGCAGACCCCCAAAUGCAUCAAGGACAUGUUUCUGCUGGCUUCUAUGGGGCCUCCUGGUGGGGGGCGGACUCACAUCUCGGGCCGCUUGCAGAGCCGCUUCAACCUCAUCAACAUGACCUUCCCUGCUGAGUCUCAGAUCAAGCGUAUCUAUGGUACAAUGAUUAACCAGAAGCUGCAGGAGUUUGCGGAGGAGGUGAAGCCUAUCGGGUCGGUUCUAACCCAGGCCACCCUGGAGCUCUACCACGCUACCACCGCCCGCUUCCUGCCCACGCCAGCCAAGAUCCACUACCUGUUCAACCUCAGGGACAUCUCCAGGGUGUUUCAGGGGUUACUGCGAGCCCACCGAGACUUCCACGACACCAAGCAGAGCAUCACCAGGCUCUGGAUCCACGAGUGCUUCAGGGUGUUUUCUGACCGUCUGGUGGACCACAGUGACAAAGAGGUCUUCGUGGGACUACUGGCUGACAAACUAGGCUCCCUGUUUGAACUGACCUACCACAGCAUCUGCCCUAACAAACAACCACCCAUAUUCGGGGACUUCCUGAAGGAGCCUCGCGUGUACGAGGACCUGCUUGACCUGACGGUGCUGAGGGGCUUCAUGGAGACCCAGUUGGAGGACUACAACUUGACCCCCGGGGCGGUUCCCAUGUCCCUGGUGCUCUUCAGGGACGCCGUAGAACACAUAACCCGCGUGGUCCGUGUGAUCGGCCAGCCCCGGGGGAACAUGCUGCUGGUGGGCGUCGGGGGCUCGGGCAGAGGGAGCCUUGCCAGGAUGUCCGCUGCCAUCUGUGACUACGGGGUGUUCCAGGUGGAGGUCACCAAGCAGUACCGCACGCAGGAGUUCAGAGAAGACAUAAAGAAGUUGUAUCGUCUGACGGGGGUGGACAACAAGCCCACGGUGUUCCUAUUCAAUGACACCCAGAUAGUAGAGGAUUCUUUUCUAGAGGACAUCAACAACAUCCUCAGUUCUGGAGAGGUGCCCAACCUCUACAAGCAGGAUGAAUUCGAAGAGGUGACCUGUGCUCUGUCAGACUCGGCGAGGAAAGACAACGUUGUGGAGACGCCGGACUCUAUGUUCAAAUACCUGAUAGAGAGAGUGAGAAACAACCUACACAUGGUGAUCUGCAUGAGUCCUGUGGGAGAUCCCUUCAGGAACUACGUCCGUCAGUAUCCAGCCCUGGUUAACUGCACCACCCUGGAUUGGUUCUCAGAGUGGCCCAGAGACGCCCUGCUGGAAGUAGCUGAGAGAUACCUGGAUGGACUGGCCCUUGGCACCGUGGAAGGGAUCCAGACCAAGGUGGCCAGUAUGUUUGUGAUCAUGCACCAGUCUGUUGCCCAGUUCUCCCAGAGGAUGAAACUGGAGCUGAAGAGACACAACUAUGUCACUCCCACUAACUACCUGGAGCUGGUGUCUGGAUACAAGAAGUUGCUGGCAGAGAAGCGCCGUGAGCUCGGGGAGCAGGUGUCCAAGCUGAGGAGCGGUCUGUUUAAGAUAGACGACACGCGCGGCAAAGUUGAGGCCAUGUCUGUUGAGCUGGAGGACGCCAAGAAGAAAGUGGCUGACUUCCAGAGGCAGUGUGAGGACUACCUGGUCGUCAUCGUCCAGCAGAAGAGAGAAGCCGACGAGCAGCAGAAGGCCGUGAGUGCCCACAGUGAGAAGAUCGGAGCAGAGGAGAUCAAGUGCAAGUCUUUGGCUGAGAACGCCCAGCGAGACUUGGAUGAAGCUCUGCCUGCCCUGGAGGAGGCCAUGAAGGCGCUGGAAUCCCUGAACAAGAAGGACAUGACAGAGAUCAAGUCGUACGGCCGCCCCCCGGCCCUGGUGGAGACCGUCAUGCAGGCGGUCAUGAUCCUCCGAGGCAACGAGCCCACCUGGGCAGAGGCCAAGAGACAGCUGGGAGAGGCCAACUUCAUCAAGCAGCUGGUCCACUUCGACAAGGACAACAUCUCGGACCGCGUGCUGAAGAAGAUCGGCCAGUACUGCACCCAGCCCGACUUUCAGCCGGAGAUCAUAGGAAGGGUCUCGCUGGCCGCCAAGUCUCUCUGCAUGUGGGUCAGAGCCAUGGAGGUGUACGGCCGUAUCUUCAGGGUGGUGGAGCCCAAGAGAGCCAGGCUGAACGGUGCCUUGUCCCAGCUGGCAGAGAAACAGGCUUCCUUGGCUGAGGCCCAGGCCAAACUCAGAGAGGUUGGCGAGAAGUUGGAGCAGUUGAAGAGGAAGUAUGAUGAGAAGUUAACCCAGAAGGAGGAGUUGAGGAGGAAGUCGGAGGACAUGGAGCUUAAACUGGACCGGGCUGGUAAACUGGUGUCAGGGUUGGCUGGAGAGAGGAUCCGCUGGGAAGAGACCGUAGCGGGCUUGGAGAAGAACAUGGGCUUCCUGGUGUGCGACUGUCUACUGGCUGCUGCCUUCCUCUCCUACAUGGGACCUUUUCUGUCCAACUACAGAGAUGAGCUGCUGUAUAUCUGGAUGAAAGAGGUCCCGGACUUAAAUACUAAUAAACAAAUGACACAUUCAGUUAGUGUGUGGUUGUCCAACGGUCGUGAUGGGCACUGGAACAUUCAGGGUCUGCUCGACGCCUUCUCCACCGAGAACGGAGUCAUCGUAACCCGCGGCAACCGAUGGCCACUGAUGGUGGAUCCACAAGGUCAGGCCCUGAAGUGGAUCAAGAACAUGGAAAUGAAGAGGGGUCUGAAAGUGAUCGACCUUCAGACGCCCGACUUCCUGCGUGUACUGGAGAACGCGGUUCAGUUCGGUUCUCCGGUGCUGCUGCAGAACGUCCAGGAGGAACUGGAUCCCGCGCUGGCCCCCGUCCUCAACAAGUCUCUGACCCACGUUGGGGGGAGGCUCCUACUGAAGCUGGGCGAUAAGGAGGUGGAGUACAGCCCGGAGUUCAGGUUUUACAUCACCACCAAGCUGUCCAAUCCACACUACACCCCUGAGAUCUCCACCAAGACCACCAUCGUCAACUUUGCCGUUAAGGAGCAGGGCUUGGAGGCCCAGCUUCUAGGGAUUGUGGUGAGGAAGGAGCGUCCAGAGUUAGAAGAGCAGAAAGACUCUCUGGUCAUUAACAUUGCCUCUGGCAAGAGGAAGCUACAGGAGCUGGAGGAUGAGAUCCUAAGGCUGUUAAAUGAGGCGACAGGGUCACUCCUGGACGACGUCCAGCUGGUGAACACACUGCAGACAUCUAAACUGACGGCCACAGAGGUGUCAGAACAGCUGGAGACCAGUGAACAGACAGAGACCAAGAUCGACAUGGCCAGAGAGGCAUACCGUCCCUGCGCCCAGCGGGCCUCCAUCCUGUUCUUCGUGUUGAACGACAUGGGCCGCAUAGACCCCAUGUAUCAGUUCUCCCUGGACGCCUACAUAGACCUGUUCAACCUCAGCAUAGAGAAGAGCCAGCGCUCACAGAAACUGGAUGAGAGGAUUGCGAACCUGAAUGACCACCACACAUACUCCGUAUACAGGUUCUCCUGUCGGGGGCUGUUUGAGAUCCACAAGUUGCUCUUCAGCUUCCAGAUGUGUGCUAAGAUCCUGGAGGUGGCUGGUAAACUCAACAUGGACGAGUACAGCUUCUUCCUCAGAGGAGGAGUGGUUCUAGAUAAAGAGAGUCAGAUGGAGAACCCGUGUUCUGGCUGGCUAGCCGAUUCUAACUGGGACAAUGUGACAGAGCUGGACAAGCUGGCUCACUUCCACGGCCUCAUGGCCUCAUUCGAACAGUACCCACGUGACUGGAACCUGUGGUACACCAGCGCUCAGCCUGAAACGGCACCGCUACCUGGUGAGUGGGAAGAUGGUUGUAAUGAGCUCCAGAGGAUGUUGAUUGUUCGCUCGCUACGUCAGGACCGCGUCUCUUUCUGCGUCAACUCCUUCAUCAUCAACAACCUGGGACCACGCUUCGUAGAGCCGCCCGUCCUCGACAUGAAGGCUGUGGUGGAGGACUCGACCACCAAGACUCCCCUGAUCUUCGUGUUGUCCCCCGGGGUGGACCCCACGGGAGCCCUGCUGCAGCUGGCCGAGGCCUCCGGGAUGAGGCAGAGCUUCCAUGCCCUCUCCCUGGGUCAGGGUCAAGCCCCCAUCGCCACACGCAUGAUCAAAGACGGAGUCAAGAACGGUCACUGGGUGUUUCUGGCUAACUGCCACCUCUCCCUGUCCUGGAUGCCCCAGCUGGACAAAGCGGUGGAGCGGCUGCAAGUGGAGCAGCCCCACCCCAACUUCAGGCUGUGGCUCAGCUCCUCUCCUCACCCCCGACUUCUCCCAUCGCCAAUCCUGCAGGCCGCAUCAAGAUGACCACCGGAGCCUCCCCGGGGUGUGAAGUCCAAUAUGAAGCGGCUGUACCAACUGGUAACCGACAGCCAGUUCACACGCUGUGGCCGCCCGCUCGUCUACAGAAAGCUGCUCUUUGCCCUCUGCUUCUUCCACAGCGUUCUCCUGGAGAGGAAGAAGUUCCUCCAGCUGGGCUGGAACAUCGUCUACGGCUUCAACGACUCUGACUUCCGGGUGAGUGAGAGUCUGUUGAGUAUAUACCUGGAUGAGUAUGAGGAGAUCCCUUGGGAUGCCCUGAAGUACCUGAUCGCCGGGGUCAACUACGGGGGUCACGUGACUGACGACUUCGACCGGCGGCUGCUCACCACCUACAUCAACGACUACUUCUGUGAGGCCGCCGUUAGCACGCCGUUCUUCAAGCUGUCUUCACUCCCCACCUACUACAUCCCCCGAGACGGCCCCCAGUCCUCCUACAGGGAGUACGUCAGCCAGCUCCCGGCCAGCGAGCCCCCAGAGGUGUUCGGCCAGCACCCAAACGCCGACGUCGCCUCCCAGAUCGCCGAGACCAAGACCCUGUUCGACACCCUGCUCUCCCUGCAGCCCCAGGUCACCGGCGGAGCGGCGUCCGGGCCCAGCAGAGAAGACCAGGUUUUAGACCUGUCGGCUGACGUGCUUCAGAAGAUCCCGGCAUUGAUCGACUAUGAGGGGACCGGAGCCCUGUUGGCCGACGACCCCUCACCUCUGAACGUGGUCCUGCUACAGGAGAUCCAGAGAUACAACGCCCUGCUCCACACCAUCAGGUCAUCUCUGAUAGAACUGGAGAAGGGGGUCAAAGGUCUGGUGGUGAUGUCAAGCAGUCUGGAGGAAACGUUCUGCUGCAUCCUCGACGCGCGCGUCCCCCCACUGUGGGAGAAAGCUUACCCGUCUUUGAAGCCACUGGCAUCGUGGACCAGGGACCUGUGCCAGCGCGUUGAGCAGUUUGCCCAUUGGGCAGAGACUGCCCAUCCGCCCACCCUGUUCUGGCUGUCUGGUUUCACCUUCCCCACUGGGUUCCUCACCGCUGUCCUGCAGUCGUCCGCACGCCAACACAGCGUGUCAGUGGACACUCUCUCCUGGGAAUUUGUCGUUUCUACGGUUGACGACAACCUCCUCAUUCCACCCAAGGAUGGUGUGUUUAUCCGAGGGCUGUAUCUGGAGGGGGCUGGCUGGGACAAAAAAAACGCCUGCCUAGUAGAGGCCGACCCCAUGCAGCUGGUCUGUCCGAUCCCCACCAUCCACUUCAAACCAGUCGAGAACCGCAAGAAGAUAGCCAAGAGUAUGUACUUGUGUCCAUGCUAUUACUUCCCAGUGCGUUCAGGGGGUGUUGGCAGAGCCUCGUUUGUGGUGGGGGUGGACCUCAAAUCUGGAGCGGUGCCAUUUGACCACUGGAUCAAGAGAGGAACUGCUCUGCUUAUGAGUCUGGACAACUAAGGGCUACACACACACACACACACACACAGUAUAAAUAUA